GCUGGCUACCACGGAUUGCACCAUUAAUCCGAUUGCCAAUGAGCGACAUCCACAGGCCCGUGCUAAUCCAGCGCGAAUCGAUUUGGCAGAUGGUGCUGGGGAAAGCUAUCUCGGGCGUGGUUCGCUGCGAAGCUGAACUGGGCUUGUUGCGAGAUCAGUGAUGCUGCGCGAUCUUGUCCCCACCUGUUUCGCGAGGUUUGGCGCUGAGCGCGGAGGUCUGAGCAUAUGUGGUCUGCUCGGUGUGUCGCAAGGCGGUAGAAGUGGAGCCUCCGCUCACUCUCCAACCUCAGGGAGCCUCCUCUACUCGCAGUGGCGCUCACGCCUCGUGAGUGAGAGAGACUGAGAGCUGCCAACUUCCCAUCCUGCCAUCCGCAGAGCAGCUCUACCAACGGGAGAGUCAUCCUUUUCUCUGACAUCUCCUGAUCCACUAGUCGAUCUGUCUCAUCCUUCCUCGUCCCUUUUCUCUCGCGUCCCUGCGUGUUUCGCACACGGCUCCUGACUCCUCGUUGGUGCAUUCCGAUUUGGAAGUCUCGACCUCGCGAGCCGAGACGAGGAAUCCCACCGAGGUCGGCUUCUUCUUCCUUUUCCGCGCUCGCCACGCGCGCUUGCUCUCGUCUCGUCUGUCUCUGUUGCCACUUCGCGUUCUGCGUGGGAAGUGGAAUCAUCUCUGCUCAAGCGUUGGAAGUGGCCUCCGGAAGUUGAUGGCCGCCUCGCACUGGGGGCAAAAAAGAUCACAAUUGAGUCAUGAGAUCUCUCGGUCCUUGAACAACAAUGAGGAGGGACGGAGUCAGAUUCGGCCUGGCUAGCUGAAUACUUUGGCGGUUUACCACCUUCGGCUUGUCAGCUUCUCAACUGAAAUUGCUUCUUCUCCUUCCGAAUUGUGCUUCCACGCGGAGUUUGAAGGAGAUACUCACUCCGCAGGGAGUUCGCAAAUUCUACCCGACGCAACCUUGCUGAACCUUGUGAUUCUGGUCAGCCAAACGAUUUGCGUGGAAAGACACAUAGAGGUUGUGAAUGGCUGGGGCUCGGGGUGCCGCUGAGACCUUGACCUCCCGCGCAGCCGUAGCCAGCGCAGGUCAGAUGCAAAGGCAACGGGAAAGGAUGGUAGCUGAGACUGUGGCAGCUUUGCCACCGCUCGUUUGCAAGCCUUCAGAUCGCAGUUUAGACUUUUCUGGCAGACAUGUCCAUCAGUUGCCUUUAAGUGAAUUUGAGUUUAGGACUCUCUUUCCCCAAGUUGACAAGAUAAGAGAGAUUCAAGAAUUUGAAGAGAAGGAGCUUAAGGUGACCGAAAAAUCUAAGAAGGUGAUUGUUAAGCCUGUCGUCAGGGUGAAGGUGAAGAAUGCAAAUCUGAAGAGGCUACUAAGCGGUGCGAUUGCUGGGGCAUUUUCUAGAACAUGCGUUGCUCCACUUGAGACAAUACGGACUCAUUUGAUGGUCGGAAGUGGUGGUCAGACUGUACCGGCAGUUUUUAAUCAUAUUGUGGGGCAGGAGGGUUGGCGCGGACUUUUCAGGGGAAAUGGAGUUAACGUGAUUCGAGUCGCCCCAAGCAAAGCUAUUGAGCUUUUUGCGUAUGACACGGUGAAGAAAUAUUUGACUGCAAAGGAUGGAGGGAAAGAUAAAAUUCCUUUUCCAAUUGCACCUGUGGCGGGUGCUACUGCAGGUGUUUGCUCAACAUUGGUUAUGUACCCACUGGAGUUGUUGAAAACUCGGUUGACUAUUCAGCGGGGGGUUUAUGACAAUCUGGUACAUGCAAUGGUCAAGAUAUGUCGAGAGGAAGGGCCGAGGGAACUAUACAGGGGUUUAACUCCAAGCCUCAUCGGAGUCAUUCCUUACGCCGCCACAAACUACUUUGCCUAUGAUACGCUGCGGAAGCUCUACAAGAAGUACACGAAGCAGGAGAGAGUGGGAAAUCUCGCUACUCUGUGUAUUGGGUCUACGUCUGCUGCCCUGUCGAGUGCUUGCACGUUUCCUCUGGAGGUCGCCCGGAAACAGAUGCAACUUGGAGCUGUGAGCGGUCGGGUUGUGUAUAAGAAUCUCCUUCAUGCUCUGACAAGCAUUCUAGAACAACAAGGCCCCUCUGGCUUAUAUCGAGGACUUGCUGCUAGCUGUUUCAAGUUGAUACCAGCUGCGGGGAUCUCCUUCAUGUGUUAUGAGGGUAUGAAGCAGAUCCUUAUAGAGGAGGAAGAAGAGCAAAAACGGUAGGUAUAGGCCUUUCCCUCAUCAAGGUGUCUUCCUUUCACGUGUCACACUCUCACCGUCGCUAUUUCUAUCCUAUCCACUCAAUGGGCAAACCCUUCCCGCGUGUUAACCUGAUGCGUUCCUCCUCUAUGAUUCGAGUCUUGCACAGGUUUUUAUGCAGAUGAAGAUUUGAUUCAGCAGGUUGAGGUAGCCCCUUCUAGCGAGAAUUGUGACCCCCAUUGACCUCCCCCAUAAGUUGUCAUUUGUCCUUUAGAGUCCAUGUACAUUUGCAGUGUCAUCUAAGACCUAUGGUAACCCUUUUGAAACGGUGGGGUUAUAGUCCGUCUGGCCUAUUCAGAUCUAGUUGAAUGAGUCAAGUUUCCAUUAGCAUUGUGGAAGAAAAUGGGAAGCAGGGGGGCGCUCGAGUGUAUCAGUACGAACGAAGAUUCUCAACAAGUGUAGUAAAAGAACCUGAAAAUUCCACCAACAGGAAUGUUACUGCAGUAGGUGAUCGAUCGAUUUAUUACAUUCCUACAAGUCUUUACCAUGUUUAACUUGGUUGCCGUGUUCAUGAGUUGUUGAAUCCUGACGCAGUCCAGGUGACGACAUUUCGAGUGUGAUCACUCUAGAUGAACAUGAAACAAGGCAACCAUGUAGACAUCAGUUAAUAAGCAAGUCCAAACGACCUAGAGCAGGUCAAAGUGACGACGAUCAGCUAGAACACAUUUUACGGAGAAGUAAUGUGCCAACACAUUCCUCUCAUGAGUAUUAGUGUAGUAUUGUAGUACAUCCUGAAGUACAUAAGGUGGCAGCAGUGAAGCAGAGCUAAUUCUAAUCGUGGGGACCAAAAGACGUGGGGCUCUCUACAGGAAGUAUCGUUGCUCUGUGGAGUAGUCACCGCAUGUUUGACCUCAUUGUAAUCUAAGAGAAAACUUGGGUCGAUGGCUACAC